UCGGACAAUUACUUCUCUUGCCACACAUUCUCUUCCUUUUCUACCCAGGAAAGUCUCUGUACACGCCAAGCGGCAGGACAGGAACUCCGUGUGGAACCGACUCAGACUUAUUAAGGCCGAGAAAAUAUGGCGUGCUUUCUCGCAUUAGUCAGUUACUAGCCAACGGCCAUUUUUCAACCGAACUUCGUUUAACUCUAUUUCUUCACUCAUAAUUUACCACGAAAACAACCAGAACAACAAGCACAAUACAACAGUUUUUCAAGUUCAAUUAACAACCAAUGUUGGGAGCACCGAUUAACAUUCAAAAGUGGAUUUCAGAAAAUGAAGACAAGCUAAAGCCUCCCGUCAAUAAUUUCUGCCUACAGAAGGGAGGGUUCACCGUUAUGAUUGUCGGUGGUCCAAACGAAAGAACCGACUAUCAUAUCAACCAGACUCCAGAGUGGUUCUACCAGUUUAAAGGUGACAUGCUUUUGAAAGUGGUUGAUGACGGAAAGUUCAAGGAUAUCCCGAUCAAAGAGGGUGAGUCCUUCCUUCUCCCUGCUAAUGUCCCCCACAGCCCUGUCAGAUUUGCCGACACCGUGGGGAUCGUACUGGAACAGGACAGACCAGAAAUAAUGCAGGACAAAAUGAGAUGGUACUGCAAAAAAUGUGGUGCAGUGUGUCAUGAAGAGGCUUUCCAUUGCCACGAUCUAGGCACCCAAGUUAAAGCUGCAAUCGAUAAGUUCGAUGCUGAUAUCAAUGCUAGAACAUGUGGUGACUGUGGUACAGUUAACCAAUCAAGGCCCUAAGCAGAUCAUGCCGUCAUCUCUAUCUCUAUAAAAAUUUACACUUUUAUGUUUAUUAACGUUUCUUUUCACUCCCGCUUUUUUGUAACGAACUUAAGAAAUUUCAUGAACUUCCUUUUACUAUCGGC